UCCCUGAUACGUAAUGCCGACGGGCCACAGUACUAGUUGGUUUGCAAUGCCAACAUCACCAGUACGGUAGUACUGCUUUUGAUCUCAAUCACACUGCCAUCUGCAGACUUGAGGUCGCCGCUAAAGCGCUCAAUCUUCAAAACCGUCUAGAUCCACGUGGCAUACCUAUUAUCAGUGCAGACCCUAUCUAAAACAUCGUGUCAUUGUUGUGCCACGCUGAAGGUGCGAGCUGUCGACGAUAUUAUUAUCAAACCUCACCAGAAUUGCAUGGCCAGUGCGUGUACGUAUCAUCCCUUGCAAUAUUUAAAACUUCACGAUUGAAUCAGAUCCUGGUUCCCUGAAAAUGAAGAAACGUAUUCCGUGGCUAGCAGGCCUUUUAUGUGGCCAGGUCCUGGCUGCACCUUCUCAAGUCGUCUUGAAUGCGGCCCCGAGUCGACCCGAUCGAAAACUUCACGGACGUUUCUUGCAUAUCACCGAUAUCCAUCCAGACCCAUACUACGAAAAGGGGGCUUCUCAGUCGUCUCAAUGUCAUAGAACAGAGCCACAUGACAAACAGCCGGCUGGAUAUUAUGGUGUACCCUUCAGUACCUGCGACUCGCCUUGGUCUUUGACCAAUUUCACGUUUGAAUACCUAGAAGACCAUUGGAGCUCUGACAUAGACUUUGUUGUAUGGACCGGCGAUAAUGCCAGACAUGACGAAGACAACGAGAUACCUAGGACAGUUGACGAAAUAUUCGCUCUUAAUCGCGCCGUUGCGAAGAAGAUGGAAGAUGCAUUCCUCAGGAAGGGAAUACCGGUUGUACCAAGUUUGGGGAAUAAUGAUGUUUGGCCACAGAAUACUUUAUCUCCAGGUCCGAAUAAUAUAACGAAUGAGUUUGCGUCCAUUUGGGAUGCUUUUAUUCCCUCAGACUCCAAAACUUCUUUCCGAAAAGGCGCAUAUUAUGCAGUAGAAGUGAUACCCGAUGCACUCGCGGUGAUCAGUCUGAGCACGAUGUACUUCUAUCACAAUAACAAAGCUGUGAGAGGGUGUCUUGUCGGUGAUGCCAGCGACCCCGGUAACUUACAUCUUGAAUGGCUGGAAGAGCAACUUGAAAGGUUUCGGGCUCGGCAGGUGCAGGUGUGGGUCACUGGGCAUGUCCCCCCGGCUCUCGACCAUUUCUUUCCCGAGUGUUACUAUCGGUAUGCAGAACUGAGCCUGAGAUAUCAAGAUAUAAUUUUGGGCAGUUUAUUUGGCCAUUUGAACGUCGAUCAUUUCUACUUUGUGGAGGCCGCUGAUCUCAAUAUCAGUCCUGAAGAAGACACGAUGCCGUCCCAUAGUUUCGAGGGUACAAUAUAUGAAACCUUGAUGGCCGACUUUGAAGAGCUUGUGAAGACGAAAAAGCAUCUUAAUUAUGAUGACUAUGCGGUAAUCAGCGUCAGCCCGUCCUUGGUGCCCACGUAUUUGCCUAGCUUCAGAGUGUUCAACUACAACAUUUCGGGGCUGGGAUCAACAACUGUGGGGGCCGUCGGUGAAGACGAGUAUCUCCUGAUGACAAAGAUGGAUCGAGCCUCCCGUCGGAAGCAUUUACCGUAUCGUCAUGGCAAUGAUGGGAACGAUGGCCGCCAAUGCAUGGGUGCGGAUUAUCGGGAUUCGUGGAGGUGCAAGCUUCAGCCCUGGCGUUCUGACAGCCACGCUCCGUCGCGGCAAAAUUCGCUGUGGUCACCUUUGGGUUAUGCGCAGUAUUACAUACCUCAAGUUGAAGAGUAUGACGAGAGCCACGAACCAAGGUUUAAGCUGGAAUACCUAACGUUCCCGAUUUCGAGCCUGCACCUCGCGGAUGGUCCCGUUCCGCUAAGAAACCUGCCCAAGUCACUCCGCGAAGCAGGGGUGACUGAAUCAGAGUUUGCGCCGUAUGGGAUGCAUGAUCUUACGAUUCCGUCAUGGCUAGAUCUAGCCUGCAAGCUGGGGAAGCCGCGGGAGAAAAAGCUCCGAAAGCGGUUCAAGAAGUAUAUGUAUAUGGGAGGCUCUGAGAUUUAAAUGGGCUUGGGAUUGUGAUGGAGAUCAAUGGAUACAAAGAUGUGAGCAUGUUAAGGAGGCGGAGGAAGGUUAUCGGCAUUAAGUUUCAUGGCGGUGUGGGAAGUGCGCGGCGGCGGUGUAGAGGAGAUCUUAUUUGUGCAAACUUGAUCAAAAACAGUUCAGGUUGUUGAUUCUUAACCCGU